AUGAGACGGCUGAACCCGCGUUGGAAUCCGGUAAGCGGGCAAGACACCACAGUUGUCCUGCGAAACGCUACCCUCUUUGACGGCGAUUCAACACUCCCUGGUACAGUCGACAUUUGUUUUGAGCAGGGCAUCGUCACAUCGAUAACGGCGUCGCAACUCAAUUCGAGCCCCUGCCCACCAAAAACACAUGUCAUUGAUCUCGGCGGCAGAUUUGUGACCCCCGGCCUUGUUGACAUCCACUCUCAUCACCUUGAGCUCCCUUUCUCUUCAGUGGCGGCUGCCCGAGAUGUAAACGAAAAGCCGUCCCUCGGGACCAUUACCCCGUUUGUGCGGGCUGUCGAUGGGUUCAAGCCAUACGACCCUGCCAUCAAGCUCAUCGCCUCGGGCGGUGUUACCUCGUCCCUCAUCCUUCCUGGGUCCGGAAACAUACUGGGCGGGCAGGCAUAUCUAGUCAAGAACACGCCUCGCCCAGGACGGGACCAGGAGCUGGUGGUGGAAGACCUAUUAUUUGAGCACGGAAUCCCCCAGAGUGGACGCCGGCGGUACAUGAAGAUGGCCUGCGGAGAAAAUCCCAAGCACCAGUACGGACACACACGCCUGGGCAAUGCCUGGCUGCUAAGGCAACAUCUCGAGGAGGCUCGCAAGCUCCGGGACCAACAAGACCAGUGGUGCCAGCGUGCGCGGGAGGGGGCAACCCCCAGCUUCUUGCAUCGCUUUGGAUACCUGGGUAGACCUGACUGGCAAGGGGAAUACCCAAAGAGCCUCGAGCUUGAACCUACUGUAGCUCUGCUGAGAGGGGAAGUCAACCUGAAUAUCCACUGCUAUGAGACCGAGGACAUGGAGAGGAUGUUGGCUGUCCUGCAUGAAUUUGACAUCCACGUUCAGGCAUUCCACCAUGCUCUGGGCGCAUGGGAGAUUCCCGAAUUCCUCAAACAGCAAGAGCCCAACAUCACCAUUGCCACAUUUGCCGAUAACGCGCUAUUCAAGCACGAGGCAUACGGGGCAAAUCUUAGAGCGCCAAGGAUCUUGGAUGACCACGGCAUCCGAGUCGUUCUAAAGUCUGAUCAUACCGGCGAAGGCAACUACGCGAAACACUUGAUGUGGCAAGCAUCCAUCGCGCACUCAUUCGGCCUUUCGACAGAUAAGUCACUUCAGGCUGUAACCUCCGCCGGGGCUCACUCGAUUAACCAGGACCAUCGUGUCGGCUAUGUGCGCCCGGGUCAUGACGCCGACCUGGUCGUGUGGGACAUUCACCCUCUCCAGGUCGGGGCGACACCGCUUCAAAUAUACAUAGAUGGCGUCGCCCUUCUCGAGGCAGACGUACUGGAUUCCGAGCUUGGUCGGCCAAUCCGCACCGCGGCUCUUCUCCCGCCAGUCCAGAGGCCAUCCAUGGGAAAGGAAGAGCGGACAAGGCUUAUUAAGAAAGUGACAUCCCCUAGAGGACAAAUUGUAAUCCAUGGAAUCACCAAGGCCCUACUCAGUUGGUGGAAGCCCUCUGAGGAUCCGAACAAUGCUGCCGAUGCAGACAGCGAGGAGGCACAUCAGCUCACGGCCGUCAUCUCAGCGGGCAAGCUGACAUGUAUUGGCCGCCGACUCGCUUGCGCACCGCACAUCCGGGACAAUGCAACAUACAUUAACCUCAAAGAUGGGCACAUCUCACCAGGCCUGGUCGCCUUUGGUAACAAGCUGGGGUUGAUAGAUAUUGCCUCGGAGCCCUCCACGGGCGACGGAUCGCCCGCUUCAAGUAGCAGCGCACUCAACGAACAGAGAGACCUGCAUUAUGCCAAAUAUGGCGUCCACUUUGGUGGCCGAAGUCUCGGCAGAGCUCGGGUGGGAGGGGUGACAAGGGCCAUCACCGCGCCGCUGCGUGGCAAUGGAGGAGGCCUGCUGCAGGGCGUCAGCGUCGGCUUGCGCACAAGCGACAGUGCCACUGUCCUGGACGGCGGCAUCUGGAAAGACGAAGUCGCUCUGCACGUCGUCGUGGGCCAGGACGGCAAGGGAGCGGACACCCCGACGAUAUCGUCACAAUUUGAGAGGUUGCGGCAGAUCUUGCGCAAGGGCCAGAGUGAUGACGAUGGCUCGGACGGCGCGUAUGCACGAGCUGCUCGGGGGGUGCUUCCAGUCGUCGUGUCGGCUGUGAAUCAGGACGAUAUCGCCCAGGUCAUUCUACUCAAACGAGAGUUUCCACGAGUGCGCUUGGUGAUAUUUGGUGGCCACGGAGCACCCGCAGUUGCAAAAGAACUUGCCGCGGCGGACAUCCCCGUCAUACUUUCCGGCAACCGCGGCGCGCCCGACACUUGGGAGAAGAAGGACGUCCUGCCGGGCCCGCCGCUCUCGCGAUGCCCCGCCGAAGUCCUGAUCAACGCGGGUGUCCUAGUGGCGCUCUCCGCCCGUAGUGAAUCCAAGACACACGGGCUGGCGCUCGAAGCACGCUACGCGGCCAAAUUUGCCGGGCUGUCAGACGAUGAGGCAAUACGCCUGGUGUCCACGAACUUCGACGAGAUCUUGGGCUUGCCGAAGCAGUCCGCUGACGGUGAGAUUCAUGGCGGUGGCAAGAACAAGGGUGACUUCGUGGUCUGGGAAGGGGACCCCCUCCGUGGCGAGGGGAGUGUGGUUCUGACUGUACAGGACGAUGGCAGGAUUGGUGAUUGCUGGCCGGAUUACGAGGGGGCUGUGCUCUAA